UCUCUAUAAACCCAACUUAGCUCUCUCUCUCUCCCUAUAACAAUAAGCUCUCUCUCUCUCUCUCUCUCCAGCGAACACGAAAAAGAUGAGCCUUCUGCAAAUCCCCGGCGAAAUCACGACACCAAAUCAGAAGUUUCAGACAUGGAGAAACAACGCCAUAUUCCUAGAAAAUGACACAGAUGAGACCCCCAUUAAAUCUUCUUGGUCUUCCCUCCAGCCCAUCUUAACAGAUCGAUCCAAUCUCUUACAGCCCGAUCUUUACAAAGAAAAUCGAAGCCCUGAAUCUCGACUCAGUUCUUGUGACACUCCCAACUCCCUUAAGCCCCUUACUCCCCUCUCAGUGAAGCCAUUAAAGCCCCAAUCCAAACAGGUUCUUGGUCUUCCUUCUCCAUUAAAGAACGCCAAUGGUGAUCAGAGCUUAUCUGCCGGUAUUGAAGAGAUAGAGAGAGAGAUUCAGAGGUUAACGUCGAGGUUGGCGGAGCUCAAACUCCAACAAGCGGCCAUUGAACAAAAGAGGGCCAAAGGAUUGCCGGACACUCGCGUUUCCGGCAAAGAACCCAGUCAAAUUUCCAGAGCUCCAUCGGAGCAAAGACAACCAAGGCCUGGAAGAAUCGUUGCAGCAAAGUUUAUGGAGCAGAAACAAAGCCCUAAUCCAUUAACUGAGAAAUCAAGCGCACAACCUAAUCGCCGGAGACUCACCUUUGGGCCAUCAGAUUUGAUCAGAUUCAGGCAAGAAUUAGCUGGAAAACCUGACGUGUCCCCUUUUCCGGCCACUCAAUCUCGCCGAAAAUCUUGUUACUCGAAGCUACCUGAAAUCAAAGAAGAGAACGGAAAGAAGGAAAUCAAACCAGAGAAAGAAAAGCCCAAGGGGUCUCGAAGCUUGAGUCCAAAACCUCGAAAAUCCGCCAUUAAACCCUCCGACACAAGACAAGGAAUCUCCACAGUCGGAUCAAAGCAACCAAUAAAGAGAACCUUGGGUAACAAUUCUCACUUGCCCUCAAAGAACCUCUUCAAUGAAACACCAAAAAAACCAGCAGCCAAAAAGCCUACAUGCCGGAAAAGUGGCCGGGAAGUAGCGAGCCGCUACUCCAAAGAACUGCCGGAAAAAGCUUCUGUGGCACGUUCUUUACCUGGAGCCACACAACGGAAGAGGUCUUUGCCGGAAAAUGAACCACCGGAAGACGAGAAGAGAGGGGAUAAGAAAAGGGUUUCUUUGGUGAAAGGAGAUUUGUAUAAUGGCAGCGUAACCUUUUCUCAUGGUAAAUCACAAGGGCCGGAUUUUUUGCCAGAAAAUCGCCGGAAUAUUGGCCGUGAAAUUCAGAUGGCCAGAAAAAGGUGGUCGAAACCUUGUGACAAAGGAGACAAAAGUGAGAAAAUCACCGGGAAAGGUCGCCGGAAAGUUUUGGGCGAAUGUCCGCCCUCGCCAAUUUCGUCGACGGCGCGGUUCCUGCCUAAGAUCAAGACUGUGCGAUCGACGGCUCAGAGUCCUCGAGAUUCGGGGUGUGUGAAACGGACGGCGGACGGGGCUGGGAAGAAGACGUACUUCACGGAAGGGGAGAAUGAGGAGCCCGACACGUGUCAAGUCCUGUGCUUCAAUGAUUUGCUAAGGUGGAGUAAAAAAGACGACUCCGGAGGGCUGCUAAAAGCUCGAAGGGCUGAAGGUCCGUACAUGAGAUUUGAUAUAUUUGGGACUUAAUAUAUAUUCGUACAAGGGUAUUUUGAUAACUUGUACCAUCUAUCUGAGAGUCGAUAUAUAUUGUUGCGAUUGGGAGUUCAUCAAAGGUUAAGGGAAAAGCGCAGAUUGCUUUGUACUCAGAGGGGUGAGAAAGAGAGCUUUUGUAACCAUAUUCUCCAUUGCCAGUAAAGAAGUUCUCAUCUCCCGUGGAUGUAGAUACGUUGCCGAAUCAUGUA